AUGGUACAAAUGACAAUACUAAGCUGCCUCAUUAUAUCACUCCUGUACAUCAUUCCGAUCUUAAUUGCCGUAGCCUUCCUAACCCUGGUAGAACGGAAAAUCCUAAGCUACAUACAAUCUCGCAAAGGCCCUAACGUCGUAGGGCCCUUUGGCCUGCUCCAACCAUUUGCAGACGGGCUUAAACUAUUCACCAAAGAGCCCAUCCGACCCUCCACUUCCUCCCCAAUGCUGUUCAUCCUAAUGCCAAUGCUAGCCCUUGUCCUAGCUCUCACCACUUGAGCACCCCUGCCCCUCCCAUUCCCCCUAGUAGAUCUAAACCUAGGAGUCCUCUUCCUAGUAGCCAUGUCCAGUCUGGCCGUCUACUCGGUCCUAUGAUCAGGCUGAACCUCAAACUCAAAAUACGCACUAAUCGGGGCCCUGCGGGCGGUAGCACAGACUAUCUCAUACGAAGUUACACUAGCCCUCAUCCUACUGUCAGUGAUCAUGCUAAGCGGAAGCUACACACUCAGUACCUUCGCCGUAGCACAAGAGCCCCUAUACUUCAUUUUUUCCUCAUGGCCCCUAGCAAUGAUGUGGUACGUAUCCACCCUUGCAGAAACUAACCGAGCACCUUUUGACCUUACAGAAGGCGAAUCUGAACUAGUCUCAGGGUUCAACGUCGAAUACGCCGCAGGACCCUUCGCCCUGUUCUUCCUAGCCGAAUACGCCAACAUCAUACUGAUAAACACACUUACAGCCAUCAUGUUCUUAAAUCCAAGCGCCCUGGGACCACCCCCAGAACUAUUCCCCGUUAUCCUAGCUACAAAAGUCCUUCUACUAUCCUCUGGCUUCCUAUGAAUUCGAGCCUCCUACCCACGAUUUCGAUAUGACCAACUGAUGCACCUACUAUGAAAAAACUUCCUACCCCUCACACUAGCUCUGUGCCUCUGACACACUAGCAUGCCUAUCUGCUAUGCAGGCCUACCUCCUUACAUAAGG